GCAGUGGGCGUUUUUUUGGAAGUCCCUAUUUGCUGGACAUCGCCUAAGCUUCAAGCUAAGAUUUAGUUCAAUAUCAAUUCGCUACACGUACUCGUUGAAGCAACCGUUUUACUGCUACAUUUGUAACACCAAAAACCACUUUACUUUGUCCCAACAAUCGAUCCACUCUCGUACCUCGUUUCAUCGAGAACUUUACAGAGAGGAGAGAUGUCAUGUGACAAAAACAAAACUCGGCUGACGCUAGCUACAGAUUAGGUUCAUGUUUCCUGUUGAGCUGUGUGGAGGAGGCACGGAUUAUUGUGCCCUAUCUCUGUACAACGUCAAUUUCGACACGAUAGGAAGUUCAAACUACGUCGCGAAUUGAAAGUCUUCCCCAGUCUUUUCCCUCCCCUGUGAACCAACUCGAAACCAACUUGCACUUGCACCGGAGCGAAAGAGCCUCUUCCCCAAAUUCUGCAGGGCCAGGUAAGCAGUACUGAUAGGGUUAGUUGCACGACGUGAUUAAUCUUCAACGCUGACUCUAUUGGCGCCCUAAUCGCCAUGCACACCUGCGGCGCUGAGAGAUGCAUAUUGCCUAAAUCCAGCCUCACGCCUACCCUUGUGUCAGCUUGAUGUCUUGAUUAACGACAACUUCUUCGUCUGAUGAGUCGGCCGAACAUCUAACAAUUGCGCGGGAGGACAUUCAACAGGGAGGACCCACAGUACCAAGAUCAUGAUACGGAGAGAAUGAGAACCUGCACUCAAAGGCCCCAACGUUGUCGACAUUGCCCGCGAACCCCCGGCGUUUGCUACGAUCUUCGCCCAUGCAACAUCCCUUUUGGCCACCAUGUCUGGCUCGGAAUGGGCGAACCCAGAAGAUUCCCUGGGCGCCAGGAGCUUUUCUCCAGACUCCCUCGACAGGUACAAGUGCUGGACUGUCAAGGAAGACAGUCCCGCUCACACAGUAUGGAAGAGUAUCUCGAAGCAGAUUGUCAAGCUCCUGCAAGAUCAACACGAGCCCCUGGAAACGAGAGACAUGGAUCUUAUGGUGGAGAUAUUCAUGAUAGGCGAGGAGGAGGUACUUUCGAGCCCGACGAUUCUCGUUAGUUGCCACGAUCAGAGCACUCGCCGACGUGCAUUGGAUUUGGUGUAUGAGAGUCAACUUCUUUUACAGUAUCCCGGGAUCACGAUGGCAGGUUGUUCGCCAAGGCGUCGUCCACUGGCAAUGGAGGAGACUGCCGAGAUGCCAGAUCUACCGCCAGGUGUCUACGCCACUGAACCUUUGAGGCAUUGUGGGGUUUCUGUUCUUAUCUUUGGGGAACAACGACGGCCCCCACGAAAGGCUACGUUGGGUGGAAUUGUUUUCAUUGCGGGUCUGUUUUACGGCAUCAUUACGCUGUAUGCUUGCAAACCAGAUUCUAACAUGGUGAUGAAGUCGGAUAUGGAUUCGCAAUUUUGUUUCUAUGAAAAUACGAGAAUCGAUGAAUCUCUAAAGGGGAAACAUGAUUCGGCAGCAGACCUAACUCUAGGUAAGAAGAAUUUGAGUUUCAACGUGACUGUACUAAUGAUCAAAGGUGAUAUGUCACCAACUGCCUUCUCAUCCCCUUCAAGUAGUAGGGGAAACUCCACCAAAUCUAACAAUCCUUCUACACCGGAAACCUCUACAACAAAAGGUAAGGAGCCCAAAUUCAUUGAAGGGAUUCGGCCAAUGCUCUGCCUAUAUAUGCCUCUCUAGCCCAAGCAGCUGUUGAAGAAUUGCCAGUUACAUUUGAGGAAGGUUAGAUCAAAAGAGACUACGGCUUCUUGAUUGUUUGUAGCUUCUUGAAUAAUCGGUCCCAUUAUCAGAGGCCAACCGAAAUAACAAGAACGGGCUUAACCAGAUCAAUGACCGAGAUACAUACUCAGCAAUUCUUUCUUCGAAUGCUCUUGCUACCCUUCACCUUUCCAUUUUCCUUGUCCUAAGACGUCUAUAUUCUCUUCGGUCUUCCCAGGGGGUUUCCAGCGCUAAUGUGAUUAGCAGCUUCAUCAGUAUCUCGAGGAAGCUCAUCAGCAUCGGCGCCGCAUCCGCGGCCAGAGCCACGACGAAAACAAAGGGCAGCAGCAGGCGAUGACAAUAUCUCUCCCGAGCUGGGUAAUAUCUUUGUAUCCGCCCCAGCAAAUAGCCUAGACUGGGCAUUAGUGGAGAUUGAAAAUGCAGAAUUGAUGCUGGAAAGUAUAUCGUUGAAUAAUAGACGUGCGUGAGCUCUGCUUCUAAGCAGGACACAAUGCUAAAUGUAAACAGGGUUCAUGACCAACAGUAUAUAUUGGAGAGACCAGAGUCUUCAUAGAGAAGCAAUUCAUCCAAAGGGGGUAGCACAAGAAGCAGCGCAAGUCGAUGUUUUGAUAUGUACAGGCAAUAGAGACGAUGCAUUAUUGGGACGGUUGUCGAGUAUUUCUACAUUUCAAAAGGCGCCUGGGAGCAAAAGGUUUCAGGAGUUAUGGGUAGUUAAAUGUAUAAAUGGGACUUUCUGUACGUUGUUGCUCUUAAAUGAUCCCAUGAUAUUCUAACUUUUACAGUUGACGGGGAUUGUGGAUCGUGGGUUGUCGAAUGCGAUACAGGAAACUUAUGUGGGAUUGUUGUCUUUGGGUUUCCAGAAACCGAUACAGCCUACCUCAUUCCUGCUGCUCAUAUCUUCGACAGGAUGCAAACUCAUCUCAAGAAGCGGGUCGAAUUAUCAACACCUGACUUAUGGAGCGCAACAGAGGAUCGCGCAAAGAAUGCUAUGUCGCAAAAUACGAAUACUCUACAGCGAGCAGACUCAGCAAGAACUAUUAGAACGGAGAAUCGGAGGAGUAUAGUUGGUCAGCCAUCUAUACGCAUGUCGAUGGAAGAUGGAACAAAUUCAAGACCACGGUCGUGGAGUCAAAACUCGAUUCAAAGCACUGUAUUCGACACAAGAUCGUUGCACUCUAACCUCUCACAUUUCUCUAAAAUACCUACUCACCUAGCGAACGAAACGCACUUGAUGCCAGGCCAAGAACGACUAUCACCCAGUUCGCACUUGAGGAUUCGAGCCAACUCUACCUAUUCGAGCUCAUACGCGGACUCGCAUCGUUCAUACCGUCCCUAUUCCACAGCCUCCACCUUCCAAUCCAUUGACUCCGCCUACGGCAAUCCACCCUGCAACAACCUCUGGGUGCGAAAUCUCCCCACCGAGCCCGACGAAGGGGACCUUAGAGAAUACUUCAGCCGAAUGGAAGGCUUCGAAGGCCUACGCAUGAAAUUGAAUGACCCAGAAUGCUUCGUCCAUUUCACAGAUGUCGUCACGGCCACGAUGGCGAUGCAGAAAUCUGACGACCAUCGAUUCAGUAGCGAGGAUAAAUGGGGAAUCAUGGUUGGAUUUGCAUCUAAUGGCGUGACCCCGGCUGGCGUUUUACCCUCGCAGGAGGACCUAGAAUUGGAGGUUAGUAUUGCCGAACUGUUGGGCGGCGAGUCAUUACCUUCUAUUAGGGAACAACCAUCGCGAGGGGCUUCGUCGGCGUCCAGAAUCGACGACGAUGGAGAAAAUGAGGAUGGGAAGCCGAAGCGGACGAUGAGUUCGGCGAAUAAACAGGUUACUAAUAAGAGUAGGAUGUUGAAGGAGAUGUUUGCGGAGUUGGGUGAGUUGGAGUUGGAAAGUAGGGAGAGUGACAAGAUUCUGGUGGAGGAUACUGAUGAGGAGGACGUGGAUGAGGAGGUGGGGAGUGAGAAUGAGAAGGACGAUGAGGAGUACGACGAGGACGACGAUGAUACUGAGGGGGAAUUUGAGGAUGAUGAUAAGAUAUGA